AUGGCUUUGCCUUGCAGGUACAAGCGGAUACGGAUCAACCAAUACAGCUUCCCAGACUCCGUGCGGGUUUCUCCACAGGUGAAGGAGCUGAUAGGUCGCAUUUUGCAGACCGACCCCGGGAAGAGGCCAAGCCUCGAAGAGAUUCUGAACUCCUCCUGGUUUCGUUCUAGCAGGAUGCCACCGCUGAUGCCGGACAGCGUUAGCCAUUGCUCGACUUCGCCGCGGGUGCAGGCAGGAGGUUCACACUUCGCUGGGCUGACCCCUACAUCUGCUCGCCGUCCUGCGCUUUCACCCUUGGCCAGCGCUGUGCCAAACACGCCUGGUAGAAGCCAGCAAGGCAGACCGCCGUUAGCAGCUCGUGGCAACAAGGAGAACAUUGCCCCCAAUUGCGUGCAUGGCGACACCAAAGACAAUGGCUUUGCUGGUUUCGUGCCGACGCUGAUGUGUGGCUGCAGCGCCUUUGCCUCGAACAAGACCUUAUCUUCUGCCAGGCUUGGCGACAGCGCCAGGAUCCUCGAUAGCCCCACAGCUACAGCUUUGGGUGUUCCAGGUGCAGGUGAGCUGGACUUUGGCAGCUGCAGUGCCAGGCGGCCUUCGCCACGUGUGGCCUGCACCGAUGCGAGUUCGUCCCCUGCACUACGAUUGGAGGCUACACCCCGGCAAGAGGCGUUGGUCAGCCCAAUGGCAUCAGCUCGGAAGGUGCCACAGGUGCUGCAGUCUCGCGAGACGCAGCCAAAAGAGAGUCAUCGGGCUAGAUAUGAGCGCCCUGACCGAACACAGGAAAUCAGUUCGAAUUUGCCGGACGUCUGGGUUACAAAAUGGGUGGACUACGCAAGCAAGUAUGGUGUCGGCUAUGUUCUGUCUGACGGCUCCAUUGGAGUCCACUUCAAUGAUUCCACAAAGAUUGUGUUGGUGCCAGGUGGGACACACUUUGACUACGUGACGCGCCGGACGCAAGAAAAGGCCGAAGAACGGUCAACUUAUCACUGGGACACCUACCCAGAGGAGCUGAAGAAGAAAGUCACACUCCUGCGACACUUCAAGAACUAUAUGAUGACGGACGUAUUGGAGAGGAAGGACGGGGCUUCCUCCGGCGAGUCCAGCCUCAAGCCUGCAAGUGCGGCUAAGGUGACAUAUGCCCCUGGCCAGGUACCUUUUGUCAAGAAGUGGACGCGCAAUAAGCACGCAAUCAUGUUCCAGCUCAGUAACAAGACUGUUCAGGUUAUCUUCUUUGAUAAGACGGAGGCAGUGCUGUCAUCACGGUCCCAUCUCGUGACCUAUGUUGACAAAAAGGGCCAGGUCCAAGCCUAUCCUCUAACGAAUGUCUUGGACGUUCCUAGUGCAGAGCUUGCCAAGCGGCUUCGGUACACCAAGGACAUCCUGGUGAAUCUUCUUGGUUCUCGACUGCCUUCUGGAUUUCCUGGCUUGCUCUCGGCCGGGAUGAACUGA